AUGGCCCCUUACUACGAGGCCCUGUGCAAGUCGCUGGACUGGCAGAUGGACGUGGACCUGGUCAACAAGAUGAAGAAGGCGAACGAAGAAGAGUUGAGACGCUUGGACGAGGAGCUGGAAGAUGCGGAGAAGAACCUGGGGGAGAGCGAGAUCCGAGACGCGAUGAUGGCGAAAGCCGAGUACCUCUGCCGGAUCGGCCACAAGGAGGGAGCUCUGACAGCCUUUCGGAAGACCUACGACAAGACGGUGGCCCUGGGCCACAGACUAGACAUCGUGUUCUAUCUCCUUAGGAUUGGUCUGUUUUAUAUGGAUAACGAUCUCAUCACGCGGAACACAGAAAAGGCCAAAAGCUUAAUAGAGGAAGGAGGAGACUGGGACAGGAGGAACCGCCUAAAAGUGUACCAAGGUCUCUACUGCGUGGCUAUCCGUGACUUCAAACAGGCAGCCGAGCUCUUCCUGGACACUGUUUCAACGUUUACGUCCUAUGAGCUUAUGGAUUACAGAACAUUUGUGACCUACACUGUGUACGUCAGCAUGAUCGCCUUGGAGAGACCAGAUCUCAGGGAAAAGGUCAUUAAAGGAGCAGAGAUCCUGGAAGUGCUGCACAGCCUCCCGGCGGUCCGGCAGUAUCUGUUUUCCCUCUAUGAGUGCCGCUACUCGGUCUUCUUCCAGUCGUUAGCGGUUGUGGAACAGGAAAUGAAAAAGGACUGGCUUUUCGCACCUCAUUAUCGAUACUAUGUCCGAGAAAUGCGGAUCCAUGCCUAUAGCCAGCUGCUGGAGUCCUACCGCUCAUUAACCCUGGGCUACAUGGCGGAGGCCUUCGGGGUUGGUGUGGAAUUCAUUGAUCAGGAGCUGUCCAGGUUUAUUGCUGCUGGAAGACUACACUGCAAAAUAGAUAAAGUGAAUGAAAUAGUGGAAACCAACAGACCUGAUAGCAAGAACUGGCAGUACCAAGAAACUAUCAAGAAAGGAGAUCUGCUGCUAAACAGAGUUCAGAAACUUUCCAGAGUGAUUAAUAUGUAAAACUACUUAAAGGAUUUCCCUUACAUCUAAAUGAA